AUGAAGUCGUUCACUAGGGCUCUCCGUCCCGCCGUCCGCAGGGCUCAGGCUGUUACCGCUCCCAGACUUUCCAGGACUCCUGUCAUCCAAUGCGCUCGCACUCUUUCCACUACCGCCCCUCGCCGGGACAUCACCGACCUGCCGCCAACCCCCAUCACCCACUUCUCCGAGGUUGAGAACGCCAUGGCCGAGACUGUCCAGAAGUUCGCCAACGAUGUCAUUCUCCCCAAGGUCCGCGACAUGGAUGAGGCCGAGGUCAUGGACCCCUCCAUUGUCGAGCAGCUUUUCGAGCAGGGUAUCAUGGGUGUUGAGAUUCCCGAGGAGUACGGCGGUGCCGGCAUGAACUUCACCUCCGCCAUUAUCGGUAUUGAGGAGCUCGCCCGCGUCGACCCCUCGGUAUCCGUCAUGGUCGACGUCCACAACACCCUCGUCAACACCGCCGUCAUCCGCUGGGGUUCCGAGGCGCUCAAGAAGAAGUACCUCCCCAAGCUGGCCACCAACACCGUCGGUUCCUUCUGCUUGUCCGAGCCCGUCUCCGGCUCUGACGCCUUCGCUCUCGCCACCCGCGCUGUCGAGACCGAGCACGGCUACAAGAUCAACGGCAGCAAGAUGUGGAUCACCAACAGCAUGGAGGCCGACUUCUUCAUCGUCUUCGCCAACAUCGACCCCAGCAAGGGCUACCGCGGCAUCACCGCCUUCAUCGUCGAGAAGGGCAUGAAGGGCUUCAGCAUCGCCAAGAAGGAGAAGAAGCUGGGCAUCAGGGCCUCCAGCACCUGCGUGCUCAACUUUGACGACGUCGAGGUGCCCAAGGAGAACCUGCUCGGCAAGGUCGGCGAGGGCUACAAGUACGCCAUUGGCAUCCUCAACGAGGGCCGUAUCGGCAUCGGCGCACAGAUGACGGGUCUCGCGCUCGGCGCGUGGGAGAACGCCGUCAACGACCAGAUCGCCCAGUCCUACACCGAGAUCGCCGCCGCCCGCGCCCUCGUCUACAACGCCGCCCGUAAGAAGGAGGCUGGCGAGGACUUUGUCAUGGACGCCGCCAUGGCCAAGCUCUACGCUUCCCAGGUCGCCGGCCGCGUUUCCGGUCUCGCCGUCGAGUGGAUGGGCGGCAUGGGCUUCGUCCGUGAGGGCCUGGCUGAGAAGUUCUUCCGUGACAGCAAGAUCGGUGCCAUCUACGAGGGUACCAGCAACAUCCAGCUUAACACCAUUGCCAAGACUCUCCAGAAGCAGUACACUGCUUAA